AUGGAGCUUUUCGGAGGUGAAAUCGGGAAACAAGCGUCGUGGGUCGUUGGCGUCCCACCUGUUAGGCACAGAUUGAAAAAGGUUGUGCGCGUGGAUUUGAACAUAAUGUGUCAGGAGCAGGUUGGUGCAACGGGUAUAUCAGUGGCAUUGGCAGUCACUACAUUCAUAGAACACCUUGGAAUGGAUAGUGGGAGCGAAGGGAACUCAAACUUUUCGGGUCAAUGGACUGAUGGAUGGAGUAGUGACUCCGACGAGGAAGAGGUCUGGAAGGGGGACGAGGGUGGCACAGUGCCUUCAUCGGAGUCACUAAGUGGUUCAGGCGAUCAAAUAAGUGAUUAUGUGAAAACUUCCAUGCUUUCAAACGUGGUUGCAUUGGAUGAUGCCGAAUUUCAUGGGGUUGAAGAGGCUUAUGCAAUAUAUGUGGUGUAUGAAAAGGCGACUGGAUUUGCUAUUCGAAAAAGUGAUUCCAUUAAAGAUGAUGAAGGCAAUGUUGUGAGGAAAUUUUUCUAUUGCAAUCGACACGGCUUGCGGGAGAAGAAGCAUUAUGAAAAGGUGGAUAGGAAGAGGGCACAUAAGACAGAGAUUACGACCAACUGCAAUGCGAAGUUCGUUGUGUUCUUAGACAAACAGAGUGGCAAGUGGAGGAUGAAGACCUUUGUUCAAGAUCACAAUCAUGAUUUGGCAUUGCCUGCUUUAACUAAUGUCAUGCUAGCCCACUGCAACAUCAAUGAAGGUGAUAAAGCCCACAUUCAUAGCAUGCAUGAAGCAGGAUUCCAAACCAGUCAGAUCAAGGGGAUCUUUCCAUAUCUGUCCGGUGGUUAUCGAAACGUGCACUUCAUAAAGAAGGACUUUUACAACUAUAUCGAUGAUGUACGUCACUCUCGGAUCGUUCAGCGAGAUGCACAGCAGCAAUCAUUUAUCUUAAGGGGAAAACUGAGGUGGAUCCAUUAG